AUGGCAACGACUCACGACCACAACCAUGACCACUCCCAAACUCACCUGGGAGUGGACAUUGACAUCCACACGCCUCUUACUCCGGGCGAAUCGGAUUUGCUAACGAGCGAGAUGUCGGGCCUGAGCAUCAACGAAAGAAGCCGGCCUCGCCUUAUCCCGUCUUACCCAUCCGCGACAUCUCCUCGUACAAGUAGUCCUACUGGGUCUGUUCAAAGCGCGUAUACUACCAAGCGCCGCGUCAGCCGUCGCUCUUACAGCAAUGAGUUCCAUUCAAGCUCCCACAGUUCCAGCUUCAGUUCGGAGGUGUCGAAGGAGCUCACCCGCCAGGCAGAGACCGAGUUUAUGGCUCUAACGGAACUCAUGGCUAGCAUGUCGAGGCGAAGCAUGUCGUUGCGCGAAGUCUGGAGCAAGAUCAUCACCGAGCGCGAGUCCGUCUACUCCGAGAUGCACCGCAUGACCGAGCGCUACGAGGAGUUGACCGAGGUCAUGGAGCGCAAGGAUAGGGAGCACAGUCACCACAACCAUGAGCGGGAGGGUCACAAGCAGGAGCUUGUCAAGGUGCGCCUGGAGCUCACUGCCGCCAUCAACAAUGCUUCCAAGUUCAAGUUGGAGCUGGCAUCGCGAGACAACGAGUGCAAGACCCUCCGCCACGAAAUCGCCGAGGCCAAGGACACCUACACCUACAUCAAGAAGGAGCACGAGGAGCUCAAGAAGACUUCAGAGCAGACGAGACUCACCUUGGUUGCUACCCAAGCUGCCCGCGUCGAUCUCGAGGAUCAAUGUAGCAAGCUGCGCGGCGAGCGUGCGGAAAUGGACUUGAAGCUUACCGAGCUGACCUCCAAGCACGAGGAAAUCACCACCAAAUUCGAGUCGAACCACAAGGAGCUUGUGGACAUCAGGAAGAGCCACUUGAUACUCAAGGAGGAGAAGCACGAGUGGCUUCACCGGCGGGGCGAGCUUGAGGACCACAUCCGCAAGUGCGACCACAAGUACGAUGAGCUGAAGCGGAAGUACAAGGAGACAGAAGAAUUGUAUGAGAAGAAGAAGUCCGAGCUCAAGGAGCAGCAGGAGACGGUCAUCAGAGUCAAGAACGAAAGGGAGGAGGCUAUCACCAAGAUUAGAAACGAGAAGGAGGAGCUUCAGCAGCACAUCAUCAGACUCAAGCGCGAACUUGAGGAAGAACACUGCCGGUGGGAAGAGGCUGAAGACAGCUGCGGCAGGUGGAAGCUCAAGUGGGAGCACUGCGACCGUGAAAUCAUUUCGCUCCGCGAAGAGAUCUCUCGCAUCGAGAUCACACGUACCGAGCUACGGGAAACCAUCACGAAGAAGACGGAAGAGCUUCGUGUCCUCAUUAUCGAGAAGAAGCGCCUCAAGGACGAGGGCGAGCGUGCAGUCGGUCGCGCCAACGAGAACCACCGCCAGCUUCUGCUCGUGCAGGAGACCCUCAGCCAUACCGAGACCAUUCUCAAGAAGUCGCAAGAGGAGACUCAUACCAAGACGGAGCGCAUCGAGCGUCUCGACUGCGACCUGGGCGAUGCCAGGAAGCAGGUCGAGAAGCUCCAGAUCGAGAUCGAGAGCCACCAGUCCGUCUCGGCCGUGCUCAAGAUCGAGGUCGAGACGCUCAAUAACAGGUGCGGUGCCCUCAAGGCCAAGUGCCACGAGUGGGAGGUCAGGUACGAGGAGGCCUCUGAAAGCAUCACCGAGAUCGAGGAGGGAAGCUCGAGCUUCGAGUACGAGAUCUCGGCUAUGCGCACCAUGCUUCGCGAGGCGAGGGAGCAGAAGGAGACGGCCAUUACGGCGCGCAGCACGGCGGACCGUGAGCGCGACGAGGCUAUGAUGAGGUUUGAGGAGAAGUGCAGGGCGAUGGAGAGGUUGGAGGAGAGGAUGAGUGCGCAGAUGCACGAGAUGAGCUCGCGAUCUGGGACCAAGACUGUCACGACGAGUACCAGUCGCAAGUCGGGUCACCGGGUGAAUAGUAGUGGCAGCUUCUGCGUUGAGACCUGA